AUGGCAGGAGACCCUACAAAGCGCAACCAGAAUUUAUACAUUCAGUACCACCAAGAACCGGGGUAUGCCAUCAAAGACUGUAGAAACCUGAAGAACCACUUGGAUCAGUUGGUCCGAAAGGGAAAAUUGGGUCAUCUCCUACACCACUCCAAUGGCCGACAAGGACAGACGAAUGUUAAGACACAGAGGGAUACCUUGAGACUGCCUAUAGGCAUGAUAAAUGUCAUUCUCGCCGCCCCAGGAAGGACCGACUCUCAUCCUUCCAGAGUAAUGUUUGUAGCUUGGCCUCCCGCUGAAAGUGACGACCGAGAGUCUAAGAAAGCCAAGAGGAUGGCCUCACCCAUGUUGGGCUUCUCGGAUGAAGAUAAGGUCGGAACCAUCCAACCCCACGAUGAUGUUCUAGUCGUCACGCUCAGGAUUGGGGGAUAUGAUGUGAAGAAAGUGUUAGUCGAUCAGGCCAGCGCUGUGGAAGUAAUGUACCCCGACCUAUACAAGGGGCUGAAUCUAAAACCCGAAAAUUUAACGGCAUACGACUCCUCUCUGGUAAGUUUCGAAGGGAAGACCGUUACUCCAAGAGGCCGGAUCAGACUGCCCAUACAAAGAGGCUUGGACAUAAUGGAGGUGGACUUCAUAGUGGUGGACUCAUAUUCAUCCUACACAACCAUUGUAGCUAGGCCUUGGCUUUAUGCCCUAGGGGCUGUUUCUUCUAUCUUGCACCAGAAGGUGAAGUACCCGUCGGAGGGUCGGGUUAUAGAAGUUAUAGGGGAUCAGACCAUGGCCAGACAGUGUGUGGUGUCCGCCAUCUCACGACGACCUAGUGCCGAGCCCUCAACCUUUAUUGAGAGCGACUUAUAG